AUGCAAUCUCAAAUUAAUAAAACUUAGAUCCUAGCCAAAGUAAAGAAAUGCCAUAAGAACAUUUCAAAAUUAAAUGACAAAUUGUAUAUAUUUCAAACACUUAACAAUAAAUCAAAUAUCAAUAUCUAAAAAAAUGCAGAGGUAAUCAAAUCAAAGACUAUUGAAAAUCCUAUAGUCAUUAUAAAUGAUGAAACUAGUGUAGAAGUAAUUAUUAAUACAGAAGAUCCAUAAUAAGAAUAAGUUUUAGAUAUAAAAUAGACAGCACGCAAAUUAAUAUCACGAUUUUAUUAUCACAUCAAAUAAAAAAUGAAAUAAGAUUCCAUAAAUCAAAUUGAAGCAUUAAAGUAAUUUUGUGAUAAAGAAUACAAAAAUGAUCUGUAUAUGAAGCUUCAUCAAGGAUUAUUUAAAUUGUAUUUUGAAAAAGAUUCAACAUGUAAAGAAUGUCAUUAAAUCAUAAUAAAUUAGCACCAUUGUUUUAAUCAUAUUAGAAAUGAACAUUUGGCUGAUCUAGAAAUUUAUAUUUGCAUUAAAUGUAAAUUGUCAUUUUCUAAAGGAGAUCUAUUAGAAAAACAUAUUCAACAAUAACAUCAUCAUUAAUAAAUUGAAAUCUAAAGUCACAGAGAAAUUAAAGGAAAUAUAUAAUAGUUAUAAAUUAAACCAUAAAGUAAUGGAAAUUGUAUACAACAUAGAUUUAAUUAGAAAUUAGAUUUAAAUAAGAUUGUUUAAAAUAUAUAACCUUAACCUAUACUUAAAAAAAUAUUAGUACCAUAAUAAAAUAAUAAUAACAGUUUAAGAUCUUCUUCAGAUGAGGCUAAGAAAUGUAUACCUGUAUUUAAUCAGGUAUAUGUUCCUGUUGAAUUAUAAGUUGGAAGUAAUAUAGAGGAGAAUAAUGAAGAAAAAUAAGAUCUUAAUUCCAAUACUAUCAAAAAGCCUUCCAAACUUAAAAUUAAAUUCAUAUAAGUAUAAAAAAAUGAUAAAACAUAAAAUAAUUGA